AGCUCGACUUUCAGGAUCUUCGUCGUCACAUCCAAAUCGCCUUUUUUAUUCUAGACUGAUUCGUCAUGCCUGUCUAACUGUUGAAAAGGCAGGUUAAAAUGAACAAUUUUAGUUUGAGAACGUUUUCGAUAUUUGAGGUCACGUUAUUACAGUCACGUGACCAAGCCGAGCUACGUCAUUUCCUCGAAACACGUUUCUUCUCGGAAGCUUCAGUGUGCUGUGUGCUGUGAUAAUCGCGCAGUGUCGUCCUGAAUUCCCUACGACUCUCAUAACGUUUAGUUUUGUACCCUGCCGAGUGCCGCCGCCAACAUGUUAGACCUUUUUACGAUAUUUAGCAAGAGCGGGAUCGUGUUGUGGUGCUUUCAGGGCACGACACAGUUGUUUACACCAUCCGUGAAUGCCCUGAUACGCACGGUUAUCCUUCAGGAAAGAGGAGGUAACAACUCGUUCACGCACGAGAACCUCACGCUCAAGUACAAGUUGGACAACGAGUUCGAGCUGGUCUUUGUGGUGGCCUACCAAAAGGUGCUUCAGCUGUCGUACGUGGACAAGUUCCUCGACGAUGUCCACCUCGAGUUCAGGGACAAGUACAAGACCAGCCUGGAGUCCGGGAACUUCUUCAGCAAUUUCGUCUUCAGCAAGGAGUUUGAGGCGGUGCUCCACGACGCUGAGGAACAUGGAAGGGUCGUUGCGGCGCAGCAGAAGAAGAUGCGGACGUUCGAGGAAUCGUUGAAGUCGAAGAAGACGGUGGCGUCGAUGAUCAUAGACAACAAGAAGGACGCAAAGCCGGCCGUCAAGGCCAAGGAGGCAGCUAAGAAGAAACCCGAAGUGAAGAAAGAGCCGGCACCGGCUGGGGUCCUCACGAACGGUGACAGCUGCGGAGAUCUGAACGACGAUGCCAUCAUGAAGAACAGGCAGAAGCUGUUUGAGAAGCUACAGGGCAAGAAGAAGACGGAGAAAAGCUGCAAGAGUCCCACCGCGACCAAGGACAAGUCCAAGAAGCCGAGGAUCUGGGAGCACGGAGGCAAGUCGUCGGACCUCAAGACGCUGGACUACAGUGAGGGCUUGUCCCAGGACGGCGAUGACCCCGGCCGCUCCGAGGAGUUGCUGACGGCCGAGUCGCGAUCGUGGGUCGGCAAGGUCGGAGGGGAGAUCAAGGACAUGGAGUACUCGGAAAGCGAGGAAGAGACGGACGAAGACGAAGAGGAGCCGACCAAUGCCAAGCAGCAGUCGAGCAAGAGAGGCAAGGCUGGCGGCAUGUUCAGCAUGUUCCGGGGCCUGGUUGGUUCCAAAAGCAUUGCUGCAGAGGACAUGGUACCUGUCUUGGAGAAGCUGAGGGACCACCUCAUCACCAAGAACGUGGCGACGGACGUGGCUCAGAAGCUGUGCGACUCGGUGGCGGCCAAGCUGGAGGGCAAGGUGCUGGGCACCUUUGGCCGGGUGGCGUCCACAGUCAAGGCCACGUUGCACGAGUCCCUGGUGCAGCUGCUGUCCCCCCGGCGCCGCAUCAACAUCCUCCGAGACGUGCUCGAGUCGCAGCGCGCGCAGAGGCCCUACGUCAUGACCUUCUGCGGAGUCAACGGCGUCGGAAAGUCCACCAACCUCGCCAAGAUCUGCUUCUGGCUGGUGGAGAACAACUGCCGCGUGCUGAUUGCAGCCUGCGACACGUUCCGGGCAGGCGCCGUGGAGCAGCUGCGGACGCACAUGCGGCACCUGAACGCCCUGCACCCGCCUGAGAAGCACUCUGGCAAGCAGAUGGUGCAGCUGUACGAGAAGGGCUAUGGCAAGGACGCCGCCGGCAUUGCCAUGGAGGCCAUCAACUACGCUCGUGAGACCAAGAUCGACGUCGUCCUCAUCGACACUGCUGGACGGAUGCAAGACAACGAACCCCUGAUGCGAGCCCUUGCCAAGCUGAUCACGGUGAACAGCCCCGACCUGGUGCUGUUUGUCGGGGAGGCCCUGGUGGGCAACGAGGCAGUGGACCAGCUGGUCAAGUUCAACCAGGCCCUGGCCGACCACUCGAGCCAGGAGAACCCACACCUCAUCGACGGCAUCGUGCUCACCAAGUUCGACACCAUCGACGACAAGGUUGGGGCAGCCAUCUCAAUGACGUACAUCACUGGACAGCCAAUCGUGUUUGUUGGCACUGGUCAGACCUACAUUGACCUCAAAACAAUCAAUGCCAAGGCAGUGGUGCACGCACUCAUGAAGUAAACUGUAAUUGUUAUGUUUCUUGGACAUGAAAAGCCCGUCUCUCUUUACCUUCUUUUUUUUUUGUUGCCACAUUGUUGAGUUUAUUUACAGUAUUCUAUAGGUGUGGAGCACGUUUUUCAACCUUUUUCGUGGAAUCGUUUAGUUCGUAUACAAGUGGAAAGGAAUAAUUAUAUGCCUAAAGUAGCAACUCUGUGGGUCACGAGCUUUUUUUUUUUUUUUAAUCCCCUCCCAAAUGCUGUUUAGAAUCUAAUAAUAACUUUCUCUCGUGUCUCUUCUGUGAGGUUCAAGGUUGACAAAAUGUUGCUGGAGUAAAGCUAAUGCAUGAAUAAUCAAUUCUUUAAAAUAUAUUUACUUUGUUGCUUUAUAUUUUGUGAAUUUUUUAUUUCUGUAGUGGAGCUGGUUUUUUAUGCAUCACUUUCAUAUUGAGCUUUUGCAAUUUCGCUCCUAGUUGGGACGAGGAAGCUAGGUUUGAGACUGUUGUGAGCCUAGUUUUCUUUUUUUUGUUAAGCACUCUUGGUGGAAUUUGAUAGUAUUGCCCUUUGUGAGGUUUUUUUUUCUCCAGGAAUUGUGCUCUGAAUUUAUUAUUUUUCUUGGCUUGGCUCCCAACUAGAAAAUACACAUAGGUAGUAUGACUUUGAGGGGGAGGGAAAAAUGUUUUUAGACAAGCUAUUUUUUUUUUUUACUUUUAAUUCUAUAUUUUGCAUAAGGUGGAGUUGUGUAUUGCUGCAUUCCCUCGUUUUUCUCUCUACCUCGUAGCGUGCAAUCCUUUAUUUUUUAUUUUUUUUUGUGCGGGCAUAAAUUUAUUGUAUGAGUACCUCACCGACCUUGUCCUGUACCGUCUAUGUGAUAUAAUCGACGCUGAACUUGAGAAAAGGUGAUAAUCUGUGCCUGGAAAUAAAAUAUACAUGUUUGAAUCCUG